AUGACAGGAGUUGCAAGGUCCGUAGUUGAAUUAAGGUUGUCGUCAUGCAGUCUUCUAACUAGUGAAUCUUUGGAGCAUUUGUCCUCGUUUCGUAAGUUGGAGGUACUUGACACAAGUGGGUGCGAACACAUUGGAGAUCAGGCUCCCUUCUACAUAUCAAAAGUUACUACACUCACAAGACUAAACUUAGCAAAAGCUCGCAUCACCUAUGUGGGUCUUGCUCUUCUCGGUGCGGGAGACUUACCAAUUUUGCAGUUGUGCGUCAAAAAAUGCGAGAAAGUAACUGACAAGGGAAUUAAGUCUUUAUUUCAUGCCGAUAGGAAAAUUUGCAAGACGUUAUCGGUGUUGGAUGUUGGUUACAUUCCCAAAAUAACUGAUGCAACUAUUUUUACCAUUGCAACUGCUGCUAAGGCAUUAACUGAUUUAUCUUUAAGGUUCUGUAAUGGAGUCACUGAUGCUGCGGUGCAGAUGCUGAUGGAUCGACCAAACCACAACAGUAGUCAACUACAAAUGCUUGAUCUUUGCAGCUGUCGAGGUCUGUCUGCUGAGGCCAUAAUGCUACCUCUGCCCGUGUAUGCUUUCCAUCGUUUGCGCUGGCUCGGUAUUGGACUUACUGACAUAGUUGCUAAGAGAGGCAUUUUCACCGCAAUCUGCGAGGCGCGACCCAGGCUUUGCUGCGACUUUGGGUGCUGUGAUGGCUGGCAAUGCAACAAAGUCCGAUGA